AUGGCUUGGUGGCUCGACCCGAGGCCCCUGGCCCGGCCUCGUCAGCCUCCCGGUACAGAAACACGGUCCUUCCAGGGCAAGGAGAAGUUCCUGGGCAUCCUGAACAAGUACAUGGAGAUCCACGGCACCGUGUACUACGAGAGCCAGCGCCCGCCCGAGGUGCCCGCCUUCGUGAAGAACCACGGGCUCCUGCCGCAGCCCGAGUUCCAGCAGCUGCUGCGCAAGGCCAAGCUCUUCAUCGGGUUCGGCUUCCCCUACGAGGGCCCCGCGCCGCUGGAGGCCAUCGCCAACGGCUGCGUGUUCCUGCAGGCCGGCUUCCGGCCGCCACACAGCUCCCUCAACCACGAGUUCUUCCGGGGCAAGCCCACCUCCAGGGAGGUGUUCUCACAGCACCCCUACGCGGAGAAGUUCAUUGGCAAGCCACACGUGUGGACCGUGGACUACAACAACUCGGGGGAGUUUGAGGCGGCCAUCCAGGCCAUCCUGAGCACUCAGGUGGACCCCUACCUCCCCUACGAGUACACGUGCGAGGGCAUGCUGGAGCGCCUGCACGCCUACAUCCAGCACCAGGACUUCUGCACGGCCCCAGGCGCGGCGCCCGCGGGAACCCCGGCCCCGCAGGGGCCCCUGGUGCUGGCCCCCAACGCCAGCCACCUGGAGUGGGCGCGGAACGCCAGCCUGAGCCCCGGGACCUGGCCCCCCGCGCGCUCCCUGCGCGCCUGGCUGGCGGCCGAGGGCCGGGCCUGCACCGACGCCUGCCUGGACCACGGGCUGGUCUGCGAGCCCGCCUUCUUCCCCUUCCUCAACAGCCGCGCCGCCUUCCGCACGCUGCAGGUGCCCUGUGACAGCACCGAGUCGGAGAUGAGCCACCUGUACCCGGCCUUCGCGCAGCCCGGCCAGGAGUGCUUCCUGCAGAAGGACGCCCUGCUCUUCAGCUGCGCGGGCGCCAGCACCAAGUACCGCCGGCUGUGCCCCUGCCGGGACUUCCGCAAGGGCCAGGUGGCCCUGUGCCAGGACUGCCUGUGAGCCGCCGCGCGGCCCCCCGGAUGGCAGAGGCCUCUGGGAGCAGGAGAGACGGCGGGGUCCACGCGGGCCCAGGGGCGCCUGAGACAGUUGGGGCGUGCGGGCUCGACGUUAGGGUCAGUCUGUCCCUCCGGAGUAGCUGGGGGUGCGGACAGAAGGGGCAGGGGCUGGGGAAGGCCAGGAGGGGUCCACCCCGCCCGCCCAGACGCCCUCCCUCGAUCCUCGGGAACUAAAUUCAGGGGUGCAGGGUCAACCCGGACCUGGGUUCCCCUCCUGCUUGUCCCGUCUUCUCUCUGGGCUUCGCCCGCCCUGGCAUGACUUGGAUUCCAGACCCCGGACCUCUCCAGCCUUCCUCCCCCUCCAGCCUCGGUCCCGCAGAGUCCAGCCUGGGAGGCUUGUCACUGGCCCCGGCGUCUGCCGUGGUCAGAGGCUGGGAAGGGCGCAGUGGGCUGCGGCCUCCCGGCUUCCCCCCUCAGGCUGCGGCCUGUCCCUGCCCCCACCCUCAUCCCUGCGGCCUGCCUGCACCCCUGCUCUCGCCUGCACCCCAGCCUGGCCUGAUCGACAGGCCCGGCCCCAGAAACACUGCCACCCCCCAGAUCCCUGACCCCUCUCCCACCCACCCCUCUUGGACCCCAGCAGCCCCCGCCAGGGAGAACAGGCACCCAGAGUUGGAGACUGACGCUGACGCUCACUCAGGGGCCUUCACUGGACCUGGGGCCCCAGUGACCCCGUGACCCCACGGGCCCCAGCACUCAGCUGUUGGGGAAGCAAUAGAGACUCUUCUCUUUUUUUUAAAGAUUUAUUUCUUGAAAUAAUAAAUAUUUUAUCGGGA